AUGUCGCAACCAACGCAGCAUCACCUUGGCCUGCCGUUUCCAAUCCCUCAUGUCACUGAGGCGGACCUGAUCUCGUUCCACGACGCACAUUUCGGCCGAGUCCCAUCAUUUGCCUUCACGACAGAGUUUCUCAGCCCAGACAAGGCGAAUUUGCACCCGGGGAUCCAGUAUGACGAGGGCGAUGAUGAAGCAUACUACGAUGAUGACGAGGAUCAAGACGGGCUAGGCUACUAUCCAGAUGGUGUGAAGCGCACCCUAACCGACGAGCAAAUUGCCAUGUUUCGACAUUCCGAGACCCAGGCCCUACAGAGAGAGCUAGAGAGAGCUUCAACGCGGCGGAACACAUCGUCACCAUCGCCUAUGCCUGUACCUCUCGAAGUCCUCGAAGACGGUGGGAGCGAAGACGGCGAGCUAGAUGACAACGUCUCCAAAAGUGGCGUCGCACCCACGAAAAAGAAAAGAAACAAGAAGAAGAAGAAAAGGGGAAGUGGCAAUGGCAAGCGCCAGUACUCACCCGAUCCCGAACGGCGCAAGAGGACCUGGGACGUCGUCGAGGAUGGACUGGAUGGCCUGGAUUACGGGGAGUCCGGGCAGUCACAAGCCAAUACGAGCCCGGCGAAACAACGGCGCAGAAUUACGUAUGAGGACGGCUGA